CGCUGCGGCCUCACAGAUUGCGCCGCGGCGCGGGGAGAUGAUGUCACAGGGCGAGCAUGGCGGGGAGCGGCCGGAGGCCUGAGCAUCGCGGGCCCCCGGAGCUGUUUUACGAUGAGGCCGAGGCCCGGAAAUACUCCCAGAACUCUCGAAUGAUUGAGAUCCAGUCGCAGAUGUCAGAGCGGGCCGUGGAGCUUUUGGGCUUGCCCGAGGAUCGGCCAUGUUUCCUUCUGGAUGUCGGCUGUGGCUCUGGUUUGAGUGGAGAUUACAUCUCUGAAGAGGGACAUCACUGGGUUGGGAUGGACAUCAGUUCUGCCAUGCUGGAUGUUGCUGUGGAGAGAGAGGUGGAAGGAGACCUCAUCCUUGCAGACGUGGGGCAGGGGAUUCCCUUUAGGCCAGGCAUGUUUGAUGGCUGUGUCAGUAUUUCUGCAGUGCAGUGGCUCUGUAACGCUGAUAAGAAGAUACACAGUCCCCCAAAACGCCUGUAUCGAUUCUUCUCAACCCUCUAUUCUGCCUUGGCCCGAGGAUCCCGAGCCGUCCUGCAGUUGUACCCUGAAAACUCAGAACAGCUGGAGCUCAUCACUGCGCAGGCCAUGAAGGCAGGGUUCACGGGAGGAAUGGUGGUGGAUUAUCCCAACAGUGCCAAAGCUAAGAAGUUCUUCCUCUGUCUCUUUGUUGGGAUGGCUGGUGUGUUACCAAAGGCUCUUGGUGCUGAGUGCGCUGAUGGAGAGGAGUCCCAGCAGGCCAAGUUCACCAAUGAAAGAACACGGUUCAGAAAUGCCAAGGGCAAGUCUGUAAAGAAAAGCCGGGACUGGGUCUUGGAGAAGAAGGAACGUAGACGGCGGCAGGGCAAGGAAGUGAGGGCGGAUACAAGAUACACUGGCCGAAAGCGGCGGCCUCGCUUCUGACCGCCCCGUGUAUUCCGGUUCUGUGGUCGCCAUGCAACAGCCCCUGUGGAACUUCCCUGUAGCUCUCGGGCCCUCCUGGAUGCACCCCCCGGUCUGAAAGCUGCUUGUACGAAGUGGGUUUGUUUGUGGCCCUUGCAGUGGAAGGCUGGGCCGUCUCUGCUGCUGUCGAGGAUCCCAUUCGAUGCUUCCGGUCCUAUUGAAUGGGAAGAUACUGGUUGGGAGCAGACUCACUGCAUCUAUUUUUGUGUGCCGGGUGCUGACACUGAGCCAGCCACUUGCAGACCCCUUUUUUUCACCAUCUGUUAUCCGAGCCAAAUGAAGGGGGGUCAGAAACACUGGUGGGCAGCCUGCCCCCGGUACUGGGGCAAAGUGCCCUGGGUGAGGGGACCUUUCCUGCUGAGCUUCCAGCCUACUCAGUAAAUAGUCCCUUGGUUACGAGUACUGCAGAGCUGUCACUUUCAAGGGGUGGUUCUGUGCACAGCAAAGGCUGAUGGACCUAGCACUGGUCUCUGCUGCUCCUCCCUGGCAUUUGUGCAGCGCUGUGCCCUCUGCUUUGCUGCUUCAGGGUUACAUACUCUGCUCCUGUGGCGUAUGCUCAGUGAGCACUGAGAAAACCCACCAGUGGACCAGAGGAAGCACUUCUGCAGCGCUCAUGGGUCGGCAGCUGGAGGUGGGGGCGGCUGUAUGAGGGCUUCAGCGGGCCCUUGGAGGAACACUUCUGUUCCGGCUGCAGCAUAGCCAGGGCCAGCCAGCCAAUGGAGGCGCCUUCUCUUCAUCCCUCCCCUCUGGCGCAACAGAGUGAGGAGCCCACUGCUGGGUUUACGGUUACAAAUGUUUAUUCUACAUAAAAAUUCCACUAACUGGGAGGCUGUUUUGCACCCAAAGCUGGGGGUGGUGAGCGAGCUGGGGGCGGGACGGGAGCUGGAUGUAGACAGGAAGCAACAUACGAUGUUCUAGCCAUUGGAACAGAGCCAGUUGGGUUCAAGAUCCACAUAGAAAACAAGGACACUUGGCUCACGGUACAGUGACGUUACAACGCCCAGGGGUUGCUCUGAACUCGUUCAAGUACAUUAAUUAAAAAACAAAUCCCCAGUAUGAGUGAAA